AUGCCUGCACAUUCAUUCCUUCCACCUGUUGUGGCUGUUUGGGGUCAUGGCUUAUCCACUCUUGUGUUUGAUAAAUCUUGUUGCAUUGGAUCUGUCGGCAUAAAACCAUGUGGAUAUGCCUUGCCUCCUCCUUCUUGUCUUACUACUGCCGAGAAUCCCCAUAAAAUACAGAUGAUGUUCAAGUUCUGGCUACAUAUUCACGUUCCCAUGAUUGCUCACCUUUCAUCGACCUUCUACACUCCUGCUCUUAUGGAUCAGAAUAGCUGGAAGACUCUCAUAUCACUUGACUACCUUGGCAUGGCAUCCCAACAAGAAAGCAGUGACACUAAAGCUGCUAAACAGCAGGACAAAAUGAGGGAGUUUCUCAAAGGAUGCUGUGAUGAGAUUGAAAUGGACUUAGGAACCACAGAAAAAGAAUCCAUCUUCUGGAGAGGAAAGCCAUUUGUCAAGUUGACAGCUGCAGACCAUCAAGAGAUUGUAUGGGAGAUUUCAGAGCUGGAAUUCCAUUUGGAGCUUGCAGAGCUGGACCAUAUGAUGCAAGUUGCUGCACCUAAUCAUGACACUGCUUGUGAAACUGCUGUAUCAUGCUGCUUUGCUGGUCCCAUCAUGGUUGCUGAUGUCAGAAGUGCAAAUAUGGGUUUUGCUCAUCUGAAUUGGUUUGAUGGUGCUCCAUAUCUAUGUUCAUUGCGCUGA